AUGACACAACGUGUUACUUCUACCCCACUCGCCCGUCCUCAGUCCUCCCAGCUUGCAAUCGAGUUUCAACAAUGCCAGAGACGAUAUGCGAGCCGUCCGAUAGACCAUUUUCCCUGGAAGGAUUUUCAUUUGAGAAUGUCAGGACAUGGAUAUGUUGUGGGAACUGACUGGGCAAUGGCGACAUUCGAUACACGUACAGACGACCAAUUCUUUGAUCGCAAGCGUUUACAGACGAUCGAUGAAAACACCGAAGUCCUAUUCUUUCACCCGUUUGACCCGCUUAAUUUCUCAACCGACUCUCUGGCUUUCAAUGUGAUAGAGGACACUAGGGAUCAGCUGGAGGAGCCCGGGCAAGAGGGUGUAUUAAUGAAAUUAUAUGUUGGAACGAAGUCCGCCCUCGCACAAAUCGAACUCAAAGCUCGGAGUUUCUAUCAUCAUCUUUUCGGCCGUCCGUAA